UGGAACAUUUUGUUUAUGCAGCCCAGUUAGGCGGUACAGCUGGAAGGCACCGAGUCCCGUCCUUCACUUUAUUAACAGGAAAAAGCUUCAGACUGUCGACAGACUGGCGCUAAAUCUUUCCGAAAAACCGCCACUCAGACGUAAGGACGUCAAACUUUAUUAGUUCAGAGUUAAAGUAAUGAAUGAUAAACUCGUCCUCCCUUCAUGCUUACUUUCCACAAAAAGAAAGCUAUGGAUAUUUGCGACGGGAAGAAAAGGAGAAAGGUAAACGGCGGUGUGCGGGUGUGCAGGCGGAGCGUGGCCGGGAAGAUGAAGCGCGAGGUGGGCAAAGUUCUCCUCUCCCUCACGGUGGAGGACAACAACCACAAGGGACUCAUGGAGGAGGAAGAGGACGACCACUGCUUCUCCAUCAGCUACCUUCGAAAUGACCGGCUGGAGCCGUCCUUGGUUGUGUCUCCCCGGUACAACCUGCUGCGGGAGGUCGGUCGGGGAAGCUACGGGGUUGUGUACGAGGCCAUAGCCCGCAAGACAGGGGCCAGGGUCGCGGUUAAGAGGCUCCAGUGCGACGCCCCGGAGAACGUAGAGUUGGCUCUGGCCGAGUUCUGGGCCCUGACGAGUCUGGAGAACCGACACCAGAAUGUUGUCCAGCUGGAGGAGUGUGUCCUACAGAGAAAGGGUCUGGCCCAGAAGAUGAGCCAUGGAAACAAAAAGUCCAGACAGUACCUGCGGCUGGUGGAGACCUCCCUCAAAGGCGAGCGCAUCCUGGGUUACCCAGAGGAGCCAUGCUACCUCUGGUUUGUCAUGGAGUUUUGUGAGGGUGGAGACCUCAACCAGUACAUCUUGUCUCGUCGACCCGACCCCCAGACCAACAGGAGCUUUAUGCGCCAACUGACGAGUGCUGUAGCUUUCUUGCACAAGAACAAUAUUGUCCACCGUGACUUAAAACCAGACAACAUUCUCAUCUCACAGCAAUCUGGUUCACCUGUUCUUAAAGUGGCUGACUUUGGCCUCAGUAAAGUUUGUGCUGGUCUAAACACCAAAAACUGUGAAGAUCACCCUGUAGCAGGAGAGGAUGGCCAAGGCAGCAACCAGAACAACAUUGUCAACAUAAACAAGUUCUGGUUGUCGUCAGCUUGUGGCUCAGACUUCUACAUGGCUCCUGAGGUGUGGGAGGGCCACUACACCGCUAAGGCUGAUAUCUUUGCUCUGGGCAUCAUCGUCUGGGCCAUGAUCGAACGAAUCACAUUCAUUGAUGCAGAGUCCAAACGUGAACUACUGGGCACCUACAUUAGACAGGGCACAGAAAUUGUACCUGUAGGGGAGGCUCUGCUGGAGAACCCCAAGAUGGUGCUCCACAUCCCUCAAAAGGCCAGAAGCUCUAUGUCUGAGGGGCUGAAGAAACUCCUCCAUGAUAUGCUUGCAGUCAAUCCUCAGGACCGACCAGACGCCUUCCAGCUGGAGGUGCGAAUGGACCAUGUCACAUGCGCUGCAUGAUAUCCUCCACCUUCUCCAUAAUCUCUCCUCUCUAACCCUAGCCAGUCCAAGAAGGGACCUCUUUCCUUCCCAGCUUGUUUAUUACAUGGAUGUGGACUCCAGUGGAUAAAGGGACUCCGACUUACUGAACUGUGAAGAAUCCAAAAUCACAAGGAGCAGCAAAUGACCUAAAAUCUGAUGAUUCCAAAACUCUGGGACAAGAAAUGUUUGCAAACCACACCACAACAGUGUACUUCCAACAUCCAGUUAACAAUCACUUAAACUGUACAGCAGAUGAUGUGUAGCUGGCUGUUAGUGCCAGUGUCUCUGAAAGCUGACUGGAUGUGAACCAGGUUAAUGACAUUUGUUGAUUUCUGUUUGUCGAUUUAAGCCCCAGUAUAGGCCUGCUCUUCCUCAGCAUUUGUAAUGUAGUCAGCUGUGGCACAGACUGCUGUACUGUGUGUGUACCAGUGUUUUACGGUGAAAGCAUCAUUGUACUGAUGAUAAUAAUUAUGAACAACAGGUGACGCUACACUGAACCAUCUACUAACCUUGUGCCUUAAAAAUGAUUGACACCAAGUGCAAUUGGGUUCUUAAAUAAAAUGGCCUGUAGGUUACAGUGGAAGCUCAUAUACCAAGACAGAAAUGUCAUGAGUCUUAAACUACGUUGUCUAAUGCAGGUUUCUGUCUGCAAAAUGUUCAGCCAGUCAGUGAAAUAUUUUCCUUUUAAUGAUGUCACACUUUCUAAAUAAUAUCCCAGUCUGCAUUAAUGUCAAGUUAAAUUGUAGUUGUUUGAUGUCCCUCCUGAGCCUAAAUACUGAAGUGCAAUCAUGACACUGAAGCUGAAAUACAUAAGAAUUAUUCUAAAAUUGAGGCACCAGUGGUAUGUGUACCCUCUUGUAAACCAUGCUUACCCUGACAUUUGACAAAUAUGUGCCACACUCCAAGGCAGAGGGAAUAUGUUCUUCUGAAUCUGUAGUAGACAUAGCAGGUCAACUCCAGGAAAUACUGCGCAGUUGCAACUAAACAAUGUAAAGCAGGGAAUUCAAAGUGAUAUUAUCGGGCAUUAGUUCUUGUUGAAUCUAAAGAAGCCCUAUUGGACUAAAUUGCAUUUUUGUGCUUCACCACAUUACCAUAUUUGCUAAAUUUAUGAACAGUUGAUUAUUUGGUGGACGAACAGCUGUUUUAGUGUAUAUAUACUUUUUUACUUUGAGGAUGAGUGUGGCAUCCUCACCAACUAAAAUAAUUGGCUGAGUACAUUCAAAGAUACCAAGUAAGUGGGUAACUUGCAGUCAUCUUGUUAAGUGAUGCUAAGCAUUGUUCUAUAUGCAUGCUGUAGGCAUGUGACUGAUGUGGAAUAAACAAUGUGUAAAGGGUUAUUUGAAUGAACAGCCGGACACCUAAGCAGUAUUGUGCAAUCUGUGGCAGAAAUUUUCUUGAGUAACGGAUUGGAGAAAUGUCAAAGGAAAUUCUAAGAUUUUACUUUUUGGGAAAAAUAUGCAAAAGCAGCCAUCUGAAACCAACUCAAUUCAUCGUCUCUUCUGUCUUUCUCCUCUUUAUUCAAGUGCUUUACACACUUUCAAGUGGCAUGUAGUAUGUUGGAGGCGUUCAGGCUGUGCUCAGUUGGUUGUAACCUACAGUGGGUAUGGAAAGUAUUCAGACCCCUUGAAAUUUUUCACUCUGUGUUAUUGCAGCUAUUUGCCAAAAUCAAAAAAGUUCAUUUUAUUUCUCAUUAAUGUACACUCAGCACCCCAUCGUGACAGAAAAAAACAGAAAUGUAGAAGAAAAACUGAAAUAUCACAUGAUCAUAAGUAUUCAGACCCUGUGCUCAGUAUUGAGUAGAAACACCCUUUUCAGCUAGUACAGCCAUGAGUCUUCCUGGGACUGACGCAACAAGUUUUUCACACCUGGAUUUGGGGAUCCAUUCUUCCUUGCAGAUCCUCUCCAGUUCUGUCAGGUUGGAUGCUGAACGUUGGUGGACAGCCAUUUUGAGGUCUCUCCAGAGAUGCUCAAUUGGGUUUAGGUCAGGGCUCUGGCUGGGCCAGUCAAGAACGGUCACAGAGUUGUUCUGAAGCCACUCCUGUGUUAUUUUAGCUGUGUGCUUAGGGUCAUUGUCCUGUUGAAAGGUGAACCUUCGGCCCAGUCUGAGGUCCUGAGCACUCUGGAAGAGGUUUUCCUCCAGGAUAUCUCUGUACUUGGCUGCAUUCAUCCUUCCUUCAAUUGCAACCAGUUGUCCUGCCCCUGCAGCCAGUGGCGGAUUUUUGCACAAGCCAACUAGGCGGCCGCCUAGGGCAGCAAACUCAAGGGGGCUUCAUGAUGAAGGGGGAAAAAAAUCAUUAAAUACAAUUCCCUUCAUAAGCACACAGCUGAGUAAGCAUCCAUUGACAUUCUGAUGGUGUUACGUUACAUAACAAAUGGCGCCCUCUUCAGGUCAAGACUCAGAGGUGCGCCCUCUGCUCUCUGACCGACGAGACCGUGGGGAUGCGCGGCUGCGGCGGAGAAGGCGAAGACGGCCCGAUAGUGUAUAUACCCCCCCCGUCAACAGGAAAGGCGAGAGGGGUGCGUGUUUACCGGUGACUGGGCGCGACAGACUGGCUUGCCUAGGGAGUCAAUAAGGCUAGAACCACCACUGCCUGCAGCUGAAAAAACACCCCCACAACAUGAUGCUCCCACCACCAUUUUACACUGUAGGGAUUGUAUUGGGCAGGUGAUGAGCAGUGCCUGGUUUUCUCCACACAUACCGCUUAGAAUUAACACCAAAAAGUUCAAUCUUGGUCUUAUCAGACCAGAGAUUCUUAUUUCUCAUAGUCUGGGAGUCCUUCAUGUGUUUUUUGGCAAACUCUAUGCGGGCUUUCAUGUGUCUUGCACUGAGGAGAGGCUUCCUUCGGGCCACUCUGCCAUAUAGCCCCGACUGGUGGAGGGCUGCAGUGAUAGUUGACUUUGUAGAACUUUCUCCUAUCUCCCAACUGCAUCUCUGGAGCUCAGCCACAGUGAUCUUUGGGUUCUUCUUUACCUCUCUCACCAAGGCUCUUCUCCCACGAUUGCUCAGUUUGGCUGGACGGCCAGGUCUAGGAAGAGUUGUGGUCGUCCCAAACUUCUUCCAUUUGAGGAUUAUGGAGGCCACUGUGCUCUUAGGAACCUUGAGUGCUGCAGAAAUUCUUUUGUAACCUUGGCCAGAUCUGUGCCUUGCCACAAUUCUGUCUCUGAGCUCCUUGGGCAGUUUCUUCGACCUCAUGAUUCUUAUUUGCUCUGACAUGCACUGUGAGCCGUAAGGUCUUAUAUAGACAGGUGUGUGCUUUUCCUAAUCAAGUCCAAUCAGUUUAUUUAAACACAGCUGGACUCCAAUAAAGAAGCAGAACCAUCGCAAGGAGGAUCAGAAGAACUGGACAGCAUGUGAGUUAAAUAUGAAUGUCGCUGCAAAGGGUGUGAAUACUUAUGACCAUGUGAUAUUUCAGUUUUUCUUUUUUAAUAAAUUAGCAAAAAUUUCUACAUUUGUGUUUUUUUCUGUCAAGAUGGGUUGCUGAGUGUACAUUAAUGAGAAAUAAAAUGAACUUUUUUGAUUUUGGCAAAUGGCUGCAAUGACAGAGAGUGAAAAAUUUCAAGAGGUCUGAAUACUUUCCGUACCCACUGUAUGAUCUGUGUUGGGAAAUGAUUGCUAGUUUGUGCUGUGAUUAAUGAAAAUGUAUCACUACAAGUGCAAAGUGGAGUAAAUAUAUACACCGAUCAGGCAUAACAUUAUGACCUCCAGCCUAAUACUGUGUUAGUCUCCUUUAUGCCGCUACAACUCCUCUGACUCUGUCGGGAUGUCCUGUAACACUGGGAUGGUGACAGGGUGGGACCUACCUAGAUCAGGUUUAUCCUGGCACAUGCCACAGAUGCUCAGUAAGAUUUGGAUCUGGAGAGGGUGGAACCUGAGUGUGUGGGGUGCAUUGUCCUGCUGAGGGUGGCAACUGGCAAGGACUGCUGUUGCCAUGGGGAGUGGAAGGUUGCUUGACCUGCAAUGUUUAGGUGGGUGGUACAUGUUAAAACAUCCACAUAAAUGUCCAGACUCAAGGUUUCCCAGCAGAUGAUUGAUAUUGUUCACUUCAUCUGUCAGUGGUCAUAAUGUUGUGGCUGAUCGGUGUAUGCUACUGUAGAGCCAUGAAGACUUACAGAUAAAUGGACAAUACCAGAAUGUUAAAUACAAAGUAACUUCAACACAGGCCAAAGGAUCUCAUUUUGGUUCUAUAGUAUAUUUUUUGGCUUCAGUUCAGUGACUCAACAGUUUCAGUAGUUUUUGUAGUGUGGUCCUACCUCAUUCUCAGCACUCUGAAAUAUCCUAUCCAGUUUGACUCCUCUUCGGCGAUCUUGUCUUAGUUUCUAAUACAGGGAGCACUUUCCUUAAGAAUGUUAGAUUUUUACCUCAGUCUUUGUCUCUUUUAAUUUAAACCAACCUCUAACAGACUUUUCUGUGUGGUGUUUUGUUUAGCAAGAAACACCUAGGUUAUCCUUUUGUAAUGACUACAUGUGCAGCAUCUUCUCUCUUAACAGCUGUAAAACAGAGCAAGUCCAGCCCCAUAUCCACACAACAAUGUUAUAUGUAUUCACCAACUACAAUUAGAUUAGACCUCAGUGUGUUUCAAACAAACUAGCUCAUAUAAUUACAUACAGACAAGGGGGACAACUUUUGCAAGUAAAAAAAGUUACGUAUGAUUGUAACAAAUAACAGCAACUCAAGUUUUGACUUACCAGGCAAAAUUAUGAGAUGAAAAGUCAACAAACUUUAACUAAAUUGUGUCUUUGACUUAAAAGUCCACAUUUAGACUUGCAUAUCUUGGACACAGUUUAGUCUUUCCCUGAAGGCAGUCAGGGUGCUGAAUUCAGUUCACAUAAAAGAUAUGAAGGUUAUUGUUUAAAAAAUAUUUAUAAAGGAAAUCUGCUAAAGUUCACACCCCUUCUACUUUCUGACCUCCAUACACCUGGCCAGUCACUGUAUGAAGUUGGCCUGAUUGAUGGAUAGUUUGUGGAAAAUUACAAAAACUGCAGCACACCGAGUUCUCAUCCAUAAAUUAUAAUUGCAUAAAAGAUCUUUUUUAUGCUAUGAGACAUGCUGAUAUGUACUUCUUUCGAAGAAAUCUCAAGAGUUGGUUAGACUAAACACACAAACAUUAAACAAAACAAGUGUAUCCAAAGCUAAUAAAAUUGUACAUGUGGAAGCAGAAGACUGGAUUUGUGUGCAAUUUUAGGUGACUUUUUUUUUAAAUGUUUUAGUUUAAUCAAAAAUGAACACAGCUCAAUGCUUGUGGGCACUGUAAUUGUUGAAGGUGUCUUUGUAUGUGUUAACCAUAUACAAAAUCUGUUCUUACUUUUGGGAUGUUGAAUCUCUUACCUUUUGUAUGCUUGUUUUAUGAGUAAGUCUAACAUGGCUAUGACACAUGGUUAAUGCGCAAGCUACAAAACCAUUGUUACUAAAAGGUAUUACCAACAUGCCCUGCUGUCACUUUUUGUAUGAGCCAGUUUCUUUAUCUGUAAUGACUCCACUUGAAAACACUUCACACUAUGCAAAAUAUUUUACUGUUUCACUGUAAACACCGUAGAAAGCCACAACAUUCUCAAAAUAUUGUAUGUUAUGUCUUAUUUUACUUCUUCCAAUUUGUACAAAAUGUCUUUGAAUAAAAUAAGUUUUUGUUGAUGAAGCAAAAAAGAGCCAUUAGGUGUUUGAGAAUACAUCUUGUUUUUGUUUUUUUUUGCUGUAAAUAUGCGUGAUGUUUCUUCGAAUAAACGAUCAAAACUG